UUUUUUUAUAUCAAGUAAUUAGCAAAACGGUACUCCAAAAUGGAGCAGCUAUUGCUGUAAGUAGGGUUAAUGAUGACAAGAUUCAUUAAUUAUUUAGGAGCAAGACCAUGGAUGGUUGUGUAUGUUAACAGGGUAUUUUGAAGUUAAUCCUGUACAAAACAGAUAACCAGUGCAGAUAAUACAUUAUUGGUGUUCUGUGCUGAAACUUGGGUGUAUUUGUAAGAAGUCUAGCUGCAGCAUUCUGGACUGUAAUCUCUUAUCUGUGCUGCUGACAAACCAUACAAAAGACUAUCACAAUAGUCCAGACGGCUGGUCACAAAUGCGUGAAUUAACACUGAAAGCGAAUAGGGAGAGAGGAAUUUAACUGAUGUGCCUAAGGUUGUGAAGGUGGACAAAAGCUGCACACAAGCCUUAGUGAUGUGGGUGUCCAUUGUCAUUUCUGAAUCAAACCAUGAUCCCAAAUUCCUGACGCCCGUGGACGGAGGGAGUACAGAUUUUGGUAAAAGUUUAUUCACAAAAGGUUUAUUGCCAACAGUGACUGGUGUACAAGAUUGACCUGACAUGCCUCCUAAAAGAAGCCUGUGAAAGUUGUCUGCAGUUGGAAAUUGUCUCUCCGCACAAUCUUGACUGCUCGUUCCAGACAGAUGGCUUCAUUAUCAAAAUCUUCCCGGCAGUGCUUGUGCAAGGAGCUCCCAGGUCUCUGCCAAAUGCUAAGACUACGUCAUGUCCUUUGUGGGCUGUCCGAUCUGGGAAGCGUGCAAGGAUGCGAUAAUUAAGCUCAGUGCUGUGUGGACGGGUGUCGUGCUCAACAUCAAGUUGCUAAAGAUGCGCAGAAUACAGUUUGAAAAGGUCUGCAAGCUUGAGGACUUGAGCUACAUCUUCAUCCAUCCUUGCUUCAUCGAUGCAUGUCAGCAACUCUGGGAGAGCAAUGCUUUUACUGAUGUUGUUAAUUGUAUUGGGAUUGCGUUUUCGGGCUUUCUCUGAGGCAGAGCUUUGUUGUGAAGUGAUACUUAACAUGAGAGUUGAUACUUAGUGUCUUGUGCUAUCAAGUCCCCAUCACUUAACUUUGCAAGAAGUCGCUGAUCUUGAAGAUCUAUGGCACAUUCUCCAAUUUUCUUGUUGAGCCUGAAAGUGGCAGCUGCAAAGAGUGUGUCUUCGGUGUCGUCAUCCACGCCAAAAAAAGACAUCUUUUAUCACUACUUUAUGUUGUGCAGUUUGCAGGGUGACCUUCUUGGGAGCAGCUGAACUGGUUUUCUCGGAAUGUCUCCUUUCUGCCUGCUCUAGCUUCGUCUCGUUGAAUCUUUGCUUCACAGGAUUUGUGACACUUUGCUGAGGGUCCCAGCAUGAUAGUGGCUUCUAUGCCUUUGCUAUCAUCGAGGCGCCUAAUGUCAACUGGCACGAGAAUAGUCUGCAGCUCAUUAAAGCGUAUGACUUUUUUGACAAAGUAGAGUACCCUUGAUGACCAAGACUAACAUCAGUUCAUUUGCUUUAGCUGGGCACUGCAGUGUUACCGGAGUUGCUGCUUGGCAAAGACAGCACACUGUCCACUCAGUUAUAGAUGGUGUCUCCAGAGAGGGUCAAGCCUGCUGUGGAUCGACAAACGUAUACACCUUGUACAUGGCUGCGUGUGACACCACCAAUUAAGGACCAGCACCUGACGACUCUAUUCAGCAAUAAACCUGUAUGAUGACUGGAGGGAUUGUGCAAAGACACAGGGGAUCAUUCGGGUUAUUUUACUGCAUACUAAGGACCACUAGAUGUCCUUACCAGUAUCCUUUAACAGUCAAAUGCAUCGUCCAUUCCUUCUACCUCACCUGUAAAAAACAAGGAGAAUUGGUGCAGUCAUUUCUAAUCCACAAUCUUCAUGUUGCCACAUGAUGUAACAUCGCUUAAUUAAGCAACUACCGAUGCAAUUUCGACAUUGAUGCUUCCUAAAAUCUCUGCACAAAGUUGGUUAUGACGGUGACAGUAAAUUAUGACAUUUUGCUGACUCAUUUUGCUGAGGCCCAACAUUACAAUGUUUAUGACAAGUGGUGAAGCGGGAAAGAAUAUACGCCCAGAUGAAUACGUGUUGUCCAGGAAUGUGAGAUGUAAUAAAGAAUUGUAAUAAUAAGAGGUGCAGAUAAAUGAGAAUAAAUACAAAUAUUAAAACCGACUUUCAACUGUGGAAGUCUCCGCCUAAGUGAAGUCACCCGAAGUGAGAUGCCCACACGCAACGCUCAAAUAAAAGAAUUUCAACCUGGAAAAUCCAUGAUGCGUGAAAAGUGCAGCACACGAUGUCUCCAAGGAUUCUACAUUGUCGUCUGCAUGCAUAUCAGCAUGAUGCUUUUGUCAGGCUUCACCAAAGGUCUAGGGGUGAUGUUAGCCACGCUGCGUGAGGAAUUUAUAGCUGACACCUGGAUGAUUGGCAGUUUAAUUGCGGGAAUGAAUGCCGUGGCAGGUUUUGCAGGUCCCAUCUCCGGGCCUCUACAUGGUAGUUUUGGAACUCGUACUGUGGUGGUAAUAAGUGGGCUUCUCAGUGGAGCAUCUGUGAUACUCUCGUCCUUCUCGACCAGUGUUUUCCACGUCGCACUUACUUUAUCCCUUUUGACAGGGCCUGGUUUGUCUAUUAUCUCUAUUUUGACCAGAGCAAUGGCCGGACGCCAUUUCACCACCGGCUAUGCCAUCGCUACUGGUAUUGGGAGUUCGGGCCAUGCAGUGGGCCUGGUGGUCGUUGGGCCCCUGACUCAAGUGCUUUUAGACACCUACGGCUGGCGAGGUGCCUUGCUACUGCUUGGGGCAAUAAGCUUGCAUCUUGGUGCAUUUGGCUUCCUCCUACGAUCAGCACCAGAGUCUACACAGAAAGAAAACGAAUACCUACCACUUGUCUCCACUGAAGAGGAGGAGCCAGCUGCGGACCAAUCCAGAAUCCCCAAUGGUGAGAAGAAAUCACGAUUCCACAUCAAGAAGGACGCCAUCAUAGCGCGUUUGAACCUUCUCGGGUGGACGAUUUGCUGCUGCGCCAAGUUCUGGAUUGCUUUCCCUGUUUUUGGAUGUGAUUACAUUACGUGUGAUCUUUGGCUGAUGUACUUUGUUGUAUACGCUGAGACCAAAGGGUUUUCUGGAUACGAGGCUGUGACGUUCACUCUAGCCGGAGGAAUUGGAAAUAUAGUGUUCAAAAUUGUCCUUGGACUGAUUUUAGACCGAGGGCUACUAAAUCUACGACUAUCAUUGUUUUCGACCAUCAUUGCUAGCUCCCUGGGUUUAUUGACCCUUCCGUGGAUUAACACAUACUGGAUGAUGAUGGUCAAUGCCUUCCUCUUCCAAGGUCUCAGCGGAAUGACAGCAACAAUGAGUGACAUUUACACCCGUGACCUGUUUGGAGCUGAAGAUUUAGUUCCCGCUUUCAGCUGGAUAGGUGUUUUUACGGCAGCUCUUGCGCUUGCUUUUGGAUUUUUCCCAGGUAAACCACGUUUGUACUUUAAAAAUGCUUGUUAAUUAAAAUGGGUAUACGGCCACUCUACAGAUGGAGCGAAUUAACCAUUGUUCUCUGAAAUUAGUCUUGCUGCAAUGAUUCUUUUUGUUAGAAACAAUUUUUUUCUUCAACUUUGUGUUCUCUUUCAAUAUAAGAAAACUCAUUUAUAUUUCUUUCAUGCCUUAAUACAUUGAAUAUUGCAGUUUUGUGAAGAAUUGCGAUAACCUGUGCUCUCUAACGGUGUUGCUUUGAGGUCAUCUGGGAAAGACAUAGCUCGGUGCAUAGGCUUUUCAGUUCAAAUUGUAAACCCAAAAUUUACUUACUACAAGACUUCUGAGAAAGGGUUUGA